AUGAAUUUCAUUGACCCCGCGUUUCUCACAGGAGACAUCCUUCCCCCUGCUCUACCCUCUUCACCCUCACCUCCACCUGCACCUGCAACUGUUCCAAUGCCCACAUCAAACAAAACCUCAGCAACCAAGACCAAGCACAAAGCAACUCCAAAGCCUACCGUUUCCGCUCAACCAAGUAAAGAUGCUCCAAAGCCAAAACUUUCUGCUCCGCCAAAAAAAGAGAAGGUCGACUCAAAACCCAACCACAUCUGGACCAACAACCAAAGAAGUUCCUUACUUGAGUUGAUUGCAUCGCAGAAUGCUGCCGGUCACGCAACUGAUAAUGGAAACCUCAAAAAAGAAGGGUGGUCAGCUGUAAUCAAGAAGCUUAACUUGAAGCAUGGACUCGAUCUCACCUCAGAACAAGUGAAGAACCAAAAAAACCAGCUUCGGAAAUUGUUUGUCGACUACCAAUUCCUCCGAAACCAGAGCGGAUUUGGAUGGGAUGAAGAUAUAUCUACUGUGACCGCUGAUGAAACCGUAUGGGACGAACUAUUUGAUGCUCAUCCUCGACGUGAAUUCUCCAAAUUGAAGGACAAACCUUUUCCAUUGUACGAUCUUGCCCUCAGUGUCUUUGAUGGAACAGCUGCAUCAGGCGAAACUGCACAAUCACAUCUUUUUCCAGCUACAACCGAUGCAGUCAAAUUACCACCUCCCUCAAAGAGAAAGAUCGUGACUCUUAAAAGUGACGAUGAGAACAAAAGUGACAUUGAGAUUGACCCCACAACAUCUCUCAAGACUGCCACCUCAAACGCCACCACUCCCAAACGUGUACGCGAAUCAAAAAACUCGGUUAUUAGAUCUGAAAUGGAAGGUAUCAAUGGUGCCAUCAGUGCCGUCUCUGAAAACUCAAAGGAGCUCAUGGGUGCUUUCUCAAAGAUUUCCUCAGCAAUCUCAAAAAGUGAACCGAAAGAGGCGACACAACCAAUCAAUUUAGAUUCGACCAACUCAGCUAACAACUCAAGCUUUGUUCCUUCCGAGCCUUUCCUAUCAACCAUUUCAAUUUCGGAAAAAGCACUCGAUCUCUGUGCUGAGAAGUUUCUUGGACAUGUGGCCGACAAAACAUAUGUUGAAUUCAUAUCCAUCUUAGAAAAUGAGACCAAGGCCCGCACUUUCCUUGCACUCAGCCGUAAUUCAAACAAUCGCAUCUGUCAAAUAUGGCUUGAGAAGGAAGUUGGCAAAGUAAAAAAGGAUUUGUUUCAAAUCCUGCCAUUGGGCGUUGAUGGGGUAAUGGAUCUUACUAUAGCCUGUAAGGGCCAGUAG